CAAAAAUCAACUUCUAACAUGGCGGGUGGGAUGGCUAGUACAUUGAGUCCAAAAUAUUGAAAAUACCCGAGUAAAAUAACCGCCUUUCUGGAAAAUAACUGGACUCUGUUGUAUAGGAGAAAGAAGGUAGGAAAAUGCAGAAUGUUGGACACUCUUUAGGUGAAGAAACUGAUGAUAUUCUUAAAAUGAGUGAGCAUAUUGAGGACAGGGUAACUUCGACUGCGGCAUCGGUUCUCGAAAAAGCACAGGUUUUGGCAACUCUGCAACAGGAUUUAAUGGCCGAUCUUUCUGGCAGUGAAGAAGGAGAGGUCUCAGAGGUCGAAUCCUUUAUACUGGACCCAGAUGAAUUGGAAGGUGAACCAAUACUAGACACCGCAUCUAAACUGUUACAACUCAACAGUACUGGUGGAGAUUUAAAAAUUGUUGAUCCCGACACACAAGAAAAAUUAGAGGCUUUGUUAGAAGCAGCAGGAAUUGGCAAAUUAGCGACUGUAGAUGGCAAAGCUUUCACUGAUCCUGAAGUUUUGAGAAGAUUGACUUCAUCUGUAAGUUGUGCAUUGGACGAAGCUGCAGCAGCAUUGAGUCGUAUGCGAGCUGAGAUGGGUGGAUCAGGACCUGUCUCUGAGGGAAUAAGAUCAUUGGUCGAUGCAUGCACUGAAGGAGAUGUGAAUGCUGUCAGGAAAUUAUUAGACGAAGGUCGUAGUGUACAUGAAACCACUGAGGAAGGGGAAAGUUUAUUAUCGCUUGCAUGUUCUGCUGGCUACUAUGAACUAGCACAGGUUCUGUUAGCAAUGCAUGCUAACGUAGAAGACCGUGGUAUAAAAGGGGAUUGUACACCAUUAAUGGAGUCGUCAUCAGCCGGCCACACUGAUAUAAUCAGAUUACUACUCGCCCAUGGCGCUGAUAUUAAUGCCCAAUCAUCUACUGGGAAUACACCACUUAUGUAUACAUGCAAUGGUGGUCAUGAGGACGCUGUUAAGGUGUUAUUGGAGAAUGGUGCUAAUUUAGAGGAUGUCAAUGAAAAUGGACAUACACCAUUGAUGGAAGCAGCUAGUGCUGGACAUUUAGGCGUGGCUAAAAUACUCAUUGAAAAAGGAGCACUUAUAAAUGCCCACUCCAAUGAAUUUAAGGAGAGUGCUCUCACUUUAGCCUGCUACAAAGGUCAUUUAGAGAUGGUGAAACUAUUGCUUGAGGCAGGAGCAGACCAUGAACACAAGACUGAUGAAAUGCACACAGCAUUAAUGGAGGCAGCCAUGGAUGGACAUGUGGAAGUGGCCAAAUUAUUGCUAGAACACGGCGCCCAGGUAAAUAUGCCAGCUGAUAGCUUUGAGUCACCCUUGACUCUUGCUGCCUGUGGUGGUCAUGUAGAACUAGCUGCGUUAUUGAUAGGACAAGGUGCUAAUAUUGAGGAGGUCAAUGAUGAAGGCUAUACACCACUGAUGGAAGCAGCCAGAGAAGGACAUGAAGAAAUGGUGGAUCUACUACUUGCACAAGGUGCCAACAUCUAUGCGCAAACUGAAGAAACACAGGAAACUGCUCUGACCCUUGCUUGUUGUGGAGGAUUCCUAGAGGUUGCUGAUUUUCUCCUGCAGGCUGGUGCAGAUAUUGAGCAAGGUUGUUCUACUCCUUUGAUGGAAGCCUCUCAAGAAGGACAUUUGGAGCUUGUCAAGUUUCUCUUGAGUAAAGGUGAAGUAUGCAUAUUUGGAUUACUGUAG